AUGGCUCCCUAUGAAGCUCUGCAUGGUAGAUGGUGUAGGACACCUCUAUGUUGGCUAGAGCCCAGAGAAGAGCUCAUCUUAGGACCUGAAGUGGUACAACAAACCACCAAGAAGGUAAAGUUGAUCCAAGAAAGGAUGGGAACUGCUCAGAGUAGGCAAAAAAGUUAUCAGGACAAGAGGAGGAGAGGCCUGGAAUUCGAGGUUGGUGAUCAUGUGUUCUUGAGAGUCACUCCAUGGACUGGGGUUGGUCGAGCAUUGAAAUCUCGAAAACUCACACCUUGCUUUAUCGGUCCUUUCCAAAUUCUUAAAAGUGUCGGUCCUGUGGCAUACCAAAUUGCAUUACCAUCGUCACUUUCUAAUCUUCACAAUGUCUUUCAUGUGUCUCAACUCCGUAAGUAUAUCCAUGACCCAUCUCAUGUGAUCAAACUGGAUGAUGUACAAGUGAAGGAGAACUUGACAUAUGAAACAUUGCCUUUGAGGAUCGAGGAUAGACUAACAAAGCACUUAAGAGGGAAGGAGAUUCCAUUGGUCAAGGUGAUUUGGGGAGGUGCAUCAGGAGAAGAUGCCACAUGGGAAUUAGAGAGUCAGAUGCGAGCAGCCUAUCCAUCCUUGUUUGAGUAA